AUGUCGACCACCAACAUUUCCUCCGACGCUAACCACCAACUCCACCCCCUCCCCGCCCCUUUCGCACGUACCCGCCCCCAACCAACCCUCCUAACCCAGGGCGCCGAAGCUCUUAUCUACCGUACGAACUUCCUCCAGCCUACCCUCCACAGCAUCCUCAAAUAUCGCCCCUCAAAGGCAUACCGUCACCCCACGCUCGAUCGCCGCCUGACGCGUCACCGCAUCCUCAGCGAGGCAAGGACACUUGUCAAAUGUCGACGCGAAGGAGUUAGUGUGCCAGGCGUUUUAGGGCUGGAUGCUGAUGGCGGAGGAGGUGAGGAGGGUACGGGUGCUGGGGGGUGGAUGGUGCUUGAGUACAUUGAGGGGAAGACUGUUAGGGAGGCCCUACAACUUCGGAGGGUGGAGAGUUUGAUGCAGAAUAUUGGAAGGUCGGUUGGGAGAUUACAUGAGGUUGGUGUCGUGCAUGGGGAUUUGACGACGAGUAAUAUGAUGUUGCGACCUACAGCCCCUACUUCGCCAAUGUUAAAUGAUGAAGCAAUGAAUAACACCGGCACCCACGAAGAUGAGGGGACAAUGCAAGGCGAGAUUGUACUGAUAGACUUCGGCCUUGCCGCGCAGAGUCUACAGGACGAAGACAAGGCCGUGGAUCUGUAUGUGCUUGAGAGGGCAUUUGGAAGCACGCAUCCCGAAAUUGAGGAGAGAUUUCAGGAUGUUCUGAAGGCUUAUGGUGAGAGCUAUAAGGGAGCAAAAGUGGUCUUGAAGAGGUUAGAGGAUGUCAGAUUAAGAGGACGGAAGAGGAGUAUGGUUGGGUGA